AUGGCUGGAACAGAGGCCCCAGAAGCACUCCCUACCGUUCCUGCGGGCAUAACCGCCGAGUGGUUGAGCCGCAAGCUCGGGCACAAGGUCGCGUCCAUCGAAAACACCAGUAACAUCUGGGGAACGGCCAGCAAGCUGUUCUACGCCAUUACUUAUGAAGACGGCGCAAGCAGCAACAACGGCGAGAGACCGGCUCAUAUCUGCAUCAAGGGGAUGUUCGACCUCAAGUUGGUAGAGGACCAGCCAUGGACCGUCAGUCUCGCACAGCGAGAAUCCGAGUUCUUCUCCAAGUUGGCGCCCACUAUCAACAAUAUGAUCUUCCCCAAGUCGUGGUGGGCUGGCAAGACCGAGAACCAGGGCCUCGUCAUCAUGAGCGACCUGACCAAAGAGGGGUGUUCGUUCCCGCCUGAAGUGACGUCGUAUCCUGUCGAGAAGAUCAUGAACGGGGUCGAGCAGCUGGCAGGUCUCCAUGCCCAGUACUGGGGCCAGAGUCAGGAAGACCAUCCCUGGAUCUGGAACAACUACGACCCGGCCAUGACAUUCAUGUGCAGUCCGUGGAAUGAGUUGGUGCGGGAACCGAACCGGCCCAAGCUCCCCGAGUACCUGAUGGACGGGAAACGCUGCAACGAGGCGCUGGGCCGCUAUUACGCGGAACGCAAUCCGCGCUUCCGUACGCUGCUCCAUGGCGACACCCACAUGGGCAACAUCUACUUCACCGCCGAGGGCAAGAUCGGCUUCCUCGACUGGUCGGCGUUCCACUUCGGAUCGUGCUUCCACGAUAUCGCGUAUCACAUGACGUCCACGUUGACCGUCGAAGACCGCCGUGCCCACGAGAUGGAGAUCCUCGACCACUACCUCGCCACCUUGCACCGACUGGGAGGGCCCAAGUUUGACCGUCACAACGACCCCGAGGUCAUGGUCGAGUACCGACGCUCCUUUAUGACCAACGUGAUCUGGAUCAUCUGCCCUUAUAGUUUGCAGUCCAAGGAGCGCGUCGAUGUGUUGUGCAAGCGUACUGUGGCCGCCUACGACGACCACAAGGUCAUUGAUCUCCUUCUCAGCCAGCCGAAGCCUGCUGCUACAGCUGCGGCUACUGCCUGA